GUGUGGAGAGGCAGGGCAGCUCGCAUUGUGCGUCCUCUGUCAUCCACCUGUGCCGCGGACGCUGCUGAUGGAGCAUGUCUCGCAAUACGUGGAGUAACAUUUGAAUUCUCUCAGUCUUCCUCCCUCCUCUGGAUUUUCUUUUUCCUUAUUCUUUUUUUAUAUUGUCCUCUCUCUUUUUUUUGCAUCGUUGGGCAUCGAAAGUUGCGACGAUGCCUCCGCUGAGCAUUUGGGAUUUGUAAUUACCUCAUGCGCGACGGUGACACGUCAUUCUCUUGUGACUUAACAACACUGUCUCUCUGAAGUGGAUAAAACAUGGACUAAUUUCUUUUAAUAGACUCACCAUGGAAUUACUACAGCUAUUUCUGGUCCUCUGCAUAUUUUGCACCGCCUCAGUUGUAGGUUUUGGGGUGGACCCUGCCCUGCGUAUCAACGUGUUUGAUGAACUAAUGCCCGGAGAGGGCUUUGAUGGAGUUACUCAGGUCCAGGGUUUCCACAGCGAGUCUAGAGCUUUCCACUUCCAAGGAUCCUCCAGAGAAGUGAAGGCGUCCGCUGACGUCUCGGAGCAAAUGUUCCAGAAGCUUAGAGGCAAGAAUGAGUUUACUGUGCUGGCAACCCUCAAACAGGAGCAUCUCAACUCCGGAGUCAUCCUCUCCAUCCAUCAUUCUGAACACAGGUUCCUGGAGCUUGAGAGCAGUGGGCAGCGCAGUGAGGUUCGUCUUCAUUAUCGCACCAAAAGUCAACAGGAUCACACCGAGGUGUUCCCAUACAGCCUGGCUGACAGCCAGUGGCACAAAGUCUCCGUGGCCGUCAGUGCAUCUCAUGUCAUUUUACAUGUGGACUGCAACAGGAUCUACGAGCGUGUGGUGGAAGCCCCUUUCAUGGACAUACCUGAGGACACUUCCUUCUGGCUCGGACAGAGAAAUGCUGCUCAUGGCUUCUUCAAGGGGGUGAUGCAGGACGUGGAGAUCCUGGUGAUGCCGCAGGGUUACAUCUCACAGUGUCCAGAUCUGAACAGAACAUGUCCAACCUGCAACGAUUUCCACGGACUUGUGCAGAAAAUCAUGGAGCUGCAGGAUAUCCUGGCAAAAACCUCGAGCAAGUUGUCCCGGGCGGAGGAGAAGAUGAAUGGACUGGAUGGCUGCUAUUGUGAGCGAACCUGCAGCGUCAAGGGGGUCGUCUACAGGGAGGAUGAGGGCUGGACAGAUGGCUGCAAGAACUGCACGUGCACGAACGGUACGGUGCAAUGCGAGGCCAUCUCCUGCCCACCUCCUCAGUGCCCAGCAGGCACGGCGCCUACGUACGUGAAGGGGGCCUGCUGCAAGGAGUGCCAACCUGUUUGCUUGUUUGGCGGGAGAGAGCUGGUGGACGGAGAUCAGAGGGCUGUGCGUGAUUCCUCUAGCAGGUGUCUGCUGUUUGAAUGCAGGGACAGGACCAUGCAUCGAGUGGUCCCCAGCGAGCCUUGUCCCGAACUCACAUGCCCGGAGUCGGAGCAGAUCGCUUUGAGCGGCAGAUGCUGUAAAGUCUGCAGAGGCCACGACUUCUGCUCGGAGGGCCACGGCUGCACGGAGAACUCUGACUGCGUGAACCUGGAGGCCGGAGACUGCUGCGUCUGUAAGGACGGCUUCCGCCCACUGCGAGACGAUAAUGCCUACUGCGAAGAUAUUGAUGAGUGCGCUGAAGGAAAGCACUACUGCAGAGAGAACACCAUGUGCGUUAACACCCCUGGAUCCUUCAUGUGCAUCUGCCACACCGGCUACAUCAGGAUCGAUGACUAUUCUUGCACAGAGCAUGAUGAGUGCCUCAGCGGACUCCACAACUGCGAUGAAAAUGCCUUGUGCUUCAACAUGGUUGGUGGCCACAGCUGCUCCUGCAAGCCGGGCUACACCGGCAACGGGACGGUCUGCAAAGCUAUGUGUGACGGACUGUGCCAGAACGGAGGAACCUGCGUCUCACCCAACAACUGUGUUUGUCAGCAGGGAUUCACCGGGAAGAGAUGUGAAACCGAUAUUGACGAAUGUGCGGACGGCUUCGUCGAGUGUGAUAGUAAAUCUACUUGUGUCAACUUGCCCGGCUGGUACCACUGCGAGUGUCGUGACGGCUACCAUGACAACGGCUUGUUUUCCGCCAACGGGGAGUCAUGUGUGGAUAUUAAUGAAUGCAAGACAGGGAGGAACACCUGUGCCAACGACACAGUGUGCUUCAACCUGGAGGGAGGGUACGACUGUCGGUGCCCUCAUGGGCAUAACUGCACCGGCGACUGUAUCCAUGACAACAAGGUCAAGCACAGUGGGCAGAUCUGGGUGCUGGACAGCGAUAGGUGCUCGGUGUGCUCCUGCCAGGCUGGACAAGUGAUGUGCCGCAGGAUGGUGUGCGACUGCGACAACCCCAACGCCGACCUCUUCUGCUGCCCCGAGUGCGACCCUCGCCUGAGCAGCCAGUGCCUGCACCAGAACGGCCUGCUCACCUACGGCAGCGGCGACACAUGGGUGGAGAACUGCCAGCAGUGUCAGUGCCUGCAGGGGCAGGUGGACUGCUGGCCUCUGCCCUGCCCGCCCGUCGACUGCGAGUUCACCGUGGUGCCCGAGGGCGAGUGCUGCCCCCGCUGCGUCACCGACCCCUGCCAGGCCGACACCAUCCGCAACGACAUCACCAAGACGUGCACGGACGAGCACAGCAUCUCGCGCUUCAGCGGCUCCUCCUGGAUCAAACAUGGGACAGAGUGCACCCUGUGCCAGUGCAAGAAUGGACACAUCUGUUGCUCAGUGGACCCCAUGUGCCUUUAGUCCUGGCAGAUCAGAAGGCACCUGUACAGUGUUCUCCAUGUAAAAAAAAAAAGAAGAAGAAGGAAAAAAAAAAGCACCACCUCUUUGUCCCCUUACUGUCCUUUUUAAAGGCCCGGGUCAAAUACUGUUUGCAUGAUCAGGAUUAAUUUCGGCUUGCUUAACCAGAUGAAUAGAGGUUACUAUUCAAGUUAUACUGUCAAACACAGACAAAUGAACAACUGCAAGUACUGUCUCUUCUCAUAUUUACAGCUCUGGUUGUACGCACCAUUGCAGUAAACUCUACCCACUUGGUACCUGGUGCACAUUACAUGUCAAAAAUGACCUUGCAAACAGUCUGUGGCCUGCGCCUCUCCCUCAAAUCCUUUAUACCAAAAGCAAACCUGUGUAAGACCAAACGGACGAUGGACUACAAUUCCCGCAAACCCACUCUCUUUGUUCUGUUUCACCACCUCCCCACUCUGAGUCAUCGCUACAUGAAUCUGUAAGAUAUUACUAUUACUGGCAUGACUGUGCUUGACGUCCAAACGUUUUUGCUGAUUUCUAAAUUCUCAGAGACAAUGAAAAUGAUGAAGAUGAUGAUGAUGAUGAAGAUGAUACCUUAGAUAGAGUAAAGGCAGUUAGCAUAAGGUUCCUUUGCCACAUUUACCAGCUGUCUAUAUUAUGUGAUGCUUUGUAGCAUUUUGUUCCAUUUCUCCUUUUUGUAAGUUUUCCUUUCAACGCUUGUUAUUGUGUAAUAGUGAAAUAAAGUAUUUCCAUUUACAUUUAA